AUGGCAGUCAAAGUGUUUAUCACAGGAGUUACAGGGUACAUCGGUGGCGACGCCCUCUAUGCCCUGAACAAGAAACAUCCUGAAUGGGAAUACUCUGCCAUGAUCAGGACGCAGCAGAAAGCGAGCCAAGUUCAACAGCAGUACCCCAAGCUUCGCAUCGUCCUGGGUGAUCUGGAUGAUUCGGCCGUGCUGCGUGAAGAGAGUGCAAAGGCAGAUAUCGUCCUGCAUACUGCAGACGCAUCGGAUCACGAAGGUGCGGCAAGGGCCAUCGCUGCCGGCCUCGCCGAGGGCCAUGCACCAUCUAGGCCUGGAUUCUGGCUGCACACAGGCGGCACUGGGAUCUUGACUUACGACGACUCCAAGAACAAUCGCUUGGGAGAGUGGUCGACUAAAGAGUACAACGAUCUUAGUGGAGUGGACGAGCUGACACACCUUCCUGACGAGGCUUUUCAUCGUAAUGUCGACAAGAUCGUUCUCGAAGCUGGAACCAAGUAUGCGGACGGGGUGAAGACGGCAUUGGUUUGCCCACCCACCAUCUACGGCAAGUCUUACAACCCCAGGCAGCACGCGAUCGUCCUUGAAUUCGUCGUUCUAAGCCGACUUCUAACUGUUAUGUGUGACGGUCGAGGUCCCACCUCCGGACGGUCUCGCCAGGUCUAUGAACUGAGCAAGCUCAUACUCCAAAAGGGUUACACUCCCAUCGUGGGUGCAGGAAAGGCACGGUGGAACCACGUCCAUGUCUAUGACCUCUCUGCUGCUUUUGUCCUCCUGGCUGAAGCGGCAGUGGCCAAGAACCUGUCUGACGAAAUCUGGGGCGCCAAGGGCUACCAUCUCUGCGAGAGCGGCGAGCAUGUCUGGGCUGACCUGGCCAGGAAGAUCUCGGCAAUCGCGGCGGACAAAGGCUACAUUCCGGCCAAUCCCGUGGAGAAGCAGCUUGAUAAAGACGAGGCUCUGGGGGUAGCCGGCUUCGAAGCCGUCAGCUGGGGCUUGAAUUCACGGGGAAAGGCCGAGCGAUUGAGAAAAUUUCUGGCCUGGACGCCCAAGGAGAAGAGCAUUGAGGAGGAGGCUCCUGGUAUACUUGAGGCAGAGAGAUCAAGAUUGCAGGGCAAGACGCUGUCAACUUGA